AUGCCUGAAACUGUAAUGAAUAGCUUGUUUUCUCCGAAUAUCUUCUCCUUCACUUUGUUUCUCUCGGUUAACUCUCUUCUCUUCUCUUAUAGCUAUUCUGUUGACGAACAAGGCCAAGCUCUCUUAACCUGGAAGAACAGUUUAAAAUGCCCCGCAGAUGCUUUGAAAACCUGGAGUCCUGCAGACUCGAUUCCAUGCAAAUGGUUUGGGAUCCAUUGCAACUUGAAUGGAGACGUGGUGAAUAUAAGCCUGAGUGCAGUAGAAUUGGAAGGUCCAGUGCCUUCAAAUUUUCAAUCUCUCAAGUCCUUGAAGACCCUUAAGAUCUCAUCCUGCAGUCUCACUGGCACGAUUCCCAAAGAACUUGGAGAAUAUCGCAAGCUUGUCUCCGUUGAUCUCAGUUACAAUUUUCUGUCAGGAAAUAUCCCAUCAGAAAUAUGCAAUCUAAAAAGACUGCAAAGUUUAUAUCUCAACACGAACUUUCUUAAAGGCGAAAUUCCUUCUGGCAUUGGAGACUUGUCAAGUCUUUCACUUCUGUCACUCCACAGCAAUCAACUCAGUGGGAAAAUUCCGAACACUAUCGGAGAAUUGAGCAAGUUACAAUUGUUCCGAGCAGGUGGAAAUCAUCUAGAGGGUGAGCUACCAGAGGAGAUAACAAACUGCAGCAAUUUAGUUGGAUUGGGCUUAGCUGAUACCAAUAUAUCUGGAAGUCUUCCUUCCUCAAUUGGGAAGCUGAAAAGACUUCAAGCAUUAUUCAUUUAUAGAGCACAACUGUCAGGUCAUAUCCCUGAAGAGAUUGGAAACUGCACAGAGCUGACAUACCUGGAUCUCUCAUUGAAUCUUCUUUCUGGUAGCAUACCAAGAAGUUUUGGAAAACUUGUGAAGCUUCAAGAUUUGAGAUUAUGGAACAACAGUUUAGUGGGUCCAAUUCCAGAUGAUCUUGGAAAUUGCAGAGAGUUGAAAUACUUGAAUUUCUCAUCCAAUAAUCUAACAGACAACAUACCAAGAAGUUUUGGAAGACUUGUGAAGCUUACAGAAUUAAGAUUAUGGAACAACAAUUUAAUGGGUUCGAUUCCGAUUGAUCUUGGAAACUGCACAGAGUUGACAUACUUGAGUAUCUCAUCCAAUAAUCUAAAUGGCUGGAUACCAAGAAGCUUGGGAAAACUUAUCAAACUUAAAGAACUAAGAUUGUGGAGCAACAACUUAGUGGGUUCAAUUCCAGAUGAUCUUGGAAACUGCACAGAAUUGACAUUUUUGAGUAUCUCAAAUAAUCUUCUAACGGGCACCAUACCAAGAAGUUUUGGAAAACUUGUGAUGCUUCAAGAAUUAAGAUUAUGGAACAACAGUUUAGUGGGUCCAAUUCCAGAAGAUCUUGGAAACUGCACUCAGUUGACAUAUUUGAGUAUCACAUCAAAUAAUGUAACUGGUAGCAUACCAAGAAGUUUUGGAAAACUUGUGAAGCUUCAGGAACUAAGAUUAUGGAACAAUAGUAUAGUGGGUUCAAUUCCAGACGAUCUUGGAAAUUGCACAGAGUUGGUAUUCCUUGCUCUAUCAGAUAAUUUUUUAAUUGGCAGCAUACCAAGAAGUUUUGGAAAACUUAUAAAGCUUAAAGAAUUAAGAUUAUGGAGCAACAACUUAGUGGGUGCAAUUCCAAGUGAUAUUGGAAAUUGCACGGAGUUGACAUACAUUGAUCUCUCAUUCAAUUUUCUAACCAGCAAAAUACCCAUAAGUUUCGGAAAACUUGUGAAGCUUCAACAGCUUUACUUAAGUUUCAAUCAGUUGUCAAGUGUAAUACCUUCUGCACUUGUAAACUGUACAGAACUCACCCAUCUGUUCGUAGGCAACAAUAAAUUUUUGGGUGAGCUUCCAGGUGAUCCAUUGGCAAUCUAA